GGGAAAGAAAAAAAAAAUCGUUUUUUUUUCUCUUGGGAUUGUCUAAAAAGAUUGUAAUUUGACCAUGUUCCUUGCUGCCCAGAAGAGUGAUUUUGACAUGCACUGUGAAUUGUUGAAUUGCAAUGCGCUGGAUGGGUGUUCUGGCUUUUGAUUUCGUUGUUUUUGUGUAUCUGUAUGCGUGUGUGUGCUUUUGAAGAAACCUAGAAUUUUCGAAAGCGUUGUUGACGUGGAAAAGCAAAUUGUUUUUGAGGGAUUGUUGCGAAAUGAGGAUCCUAGGUAUUGCUUCCCGUUUUUCUGAAAUUUGGGGCUGAUGGUUCCACUUUUGAAACGUUUUAGGCAUGAUGGUCAAACUCUCAGAGUUAACUUGUAGAAUCUUGAGAGCUUAUGAGGAGUAGUUAAUGAAUGUGCCUUGGGUUCUUCUGAAGAACAAUAGUGCCUUGAUUUUCAUGUCUGGUAAAAUGAGAUCCUUGUUUGGCAAAAUUAUUGGUCUUUAGUGUUUGGUGAAGUUGAAAUAUUACACAGCAGCUUAAGAGGUGGACGAAUAAAAUGGAAACUACAAGGAAGUGGUUUAGUAAGUUCAAGCCAAAUGAUAAAACGAAGUCUGAAAAAAACAAGGAAACUACAGGUGCAACAAAAGAAGGGUCAAAACCUCCAUCAAAUGAUGAGGCACCUUCAAAUGUAACCAAACAGAAGGUUGAAGCUGCAAAGCAGUACAUAGAAAAUCAUUAUAAGAAGCAGAUGCAAAGCCUGCAGGAGAGGAAGGAAAGACGUGAUAUGCUAGAAAAGAAGUUGGCUGAUGCUGAAGUCUCUGAGGAAGAACAAAAUAACUUGCUUAAGUAUUUGGAGAAAAAGGAGAGGGAAUACAUGCGCCUUCAGAGACAUAAGAUGGGGGCUGACGACUUUGAGCCCCUGACUAUGAUUGGGAAGGGUGCAUUUGGAGAGGUUAGAAUCUGCCGGGAGAAGGCUUCCGGUCAUGUAUAUGCCAUGAAGAAGCUUAAGAAAUCAGAGAUGCUUCGUAGAGGCCAGGUUGAACAUGUCAAAGCUGAGAGGAACUUACUUGCUGAAGUUGACAGCAAUUGCAUUGUAAAACUUUAUUGUUCCUUUCAAGAUGAGGAGUAUUUAUAUCUUAUAAUGGAGUAUCUACCUGGGGGAGAUAUGAUGACAUUGCUGAUGCGGAAGGAUAUAUUGACAGAAGAUGAGGCCAGGUUCUAUGUUGGGGAGACUGUCCUAGCUAUAGAGUCAAUUCAUAAACACAAUUACAUUCAUAGAGAUAUCAAGCCUGACAAUUUGCUGCUAGAUAGAAAUGGUCACAUGAAAUUAUCAGAUUUUGGAUUAUGUAAACCACUAGACUGCAGUAAUCUUCAAGAAAAGGACUUCUCUGUUGGAAUUAACAGAAGUGGAGCCCUCCAAAGUGAUGGCCGUCCUGCGGCUCCUAAACGAACACAACAGGAGCAGCUGCAGCAUUGGCAGAAAAAUCGACGAAUGCUUGCAUAUUCUACAGUUGGAACACCUGAUUAUAUUGCUCCAGAAGUUCUUCUGAAGAAAGGAUAUGGCGUGGAAUGUGAUUGGUGGUCUCUAGGAGCUAUAAUGUAUGAAAUGCUUGUGGGGUAUCCACCUUUUUAUUCAGAUGAACCGAUGUUGACUUGUAGAAAGAUAGUAAAUUGGAGAACGAAUUUAAAAUUUCCAGAAGAAGCUAAACUUUCAGCAGAGGCAAAGGAUCUUAUUUGUAGACUCCUAUGUAAUGUGGAGAUGAGACUUGGAACCAAAGGAGCUGAUGAAAUAAAGGCUCACCCAUGGUUCAAUGGUAUUGAAUGGGACAAAUUGUACAACAUGAAAGCUGCUUUCAUACCUGAGGUCAAUGAUGAAUUAGAUACUCAAAAUUUUGAGAAGUUUGAAGAGGUGGACAAGCAAACUGUACCUUCCUCAAAGGCAGGGCCGUGGAGAAAGAUGCUGCCAUCUAAAGAUAUUAACUUCGUUGGCUACACAUAUAAGAAUUUUGAAAUCGUGAAUGAUCAUGAUAUACCAGGAAUUGCUGAAUUGAAGAAGAAGAACACAAAACCUAAAAGACCAUCUAUUAAGGCCCUAUUCGAUGAUGAAUCAGCUAUGAGUGCCAACCAAACUGCCAGAGGGAGCUUCUUAAACCUCUUACCUCCUCAAAUGGAAGUUCCUGAAAAAAGUGAAUCACAAUGAUAUCACCAAUAUUUAAAAGGACUUAUUGAUGGCCAUGUACACAACCAAAUGUUGUUGGCUACUAAUUGUUUUACAUUUUCUCACAUUCUUUUGUUAGGUUGGAGUUGAUAGAUUUGGAAGCCAGGCCCCUGAAAUUUCUGGUUUUGGAUGGUGGUUUUUUUUUUGGCUGACUGGGAUAAUCUUUUAAGGUGUAUAUUCGUCAAUUCACCUUCUAUCGAACUGCAAUGUGUUAAAUAUCAUAGUUUUUUUUUUCCUUCUUCUUCUUGUAAUUAAGUUACUGUUGAAACUGAAGUGCUGACAAGGAUGUGCAAUUCGUACAUUUUUGUACUAUAUUGGUUUGUAGGUUAAUAUUUUCUGUUAUCUGUCAUCAGAGUCCAAACUUAACUGAAAUCUUGCCUUUAAGUUUUUUUAUUUAUUUAAUGACAUUCAUAAAA